GGCUCGCUUAAACAUCAGAAAUCACUGUAAAGAUGGCCGUUCUACGAGUGCAAUGUUUACUUCUCUUUAUGUUCAUGUAUGGAACAUUUGGUGAUUUAUCUUUAAUUGAAAACGAAGUUUCUGAUAAAAAUGGUUUGCUCCCUAGUACCAUAUCCGGUAAGGCUUCCAAUGUCCUACGUGACAUUCUUAAUCAGGAAAGUCUGGUCCGUUUCUCUAUGGUACAAAAAAUACAAAGUUUAGUUAUGGAUGCUACGAACAGCAAAAGCGAUAUACAAGUUAUUAAGGCGAAACUUGGUGAAAUGGCAAAGGACUUAUGGAACUUGAAAACGAAAAACCAAAUAUUGGAGGAAGAAAAUAUUGAACUUAAAGAGAAAUUCAAGAUGGUGAAUGGAACGGUGAAUGUAAAUACAAACUUUACAAAGCAAGAAAUGCAAUAUAUUGACCAGGUGGUUGAAAGUAAAACUUUAACUCUUCAGGAACAGUUUGAUUUGUCAAAAAAGACAUUGGAAAGAGACUUGAAAAAGGUCAUACAAACAUUGAAGAUGACGGAACAGAAUACAAAAGAGAAAAUAAAGGCUUUAAAUGAAUCGCAAAUGGUUUCCGCUAAAAGCCCGCAAAUCGAAAUGUUCCAAUAUCAAAUGAAUGCAAUGAAUGUAACAUUACAGAAAUGCAGCGUAAGCAGUUUUUUUGAACGUGUGAAAAAGACAGAGUACGCUUUAGAAAACUUCUCCGUCUCUGUUAAUGAAACUCUACAUACUGUUUGUGGGGAUCUGAAUGAAUCCAGCUGGAUCUUGUCUAAAGUGCUUCUGAAGGAUUGCGGGGAGAUUUUAAAGAAGUUCCCGAGUUUAAAGGGUCGCAAUGGUAUAUACAGAAUUUCCGUAGGCUCUGAGGUCAAGUCUGUUUACUGUGACAUGAGUACUGAUGGCGGGGAGAGGACGGCUAUUCAAUGGAGACAGGACGGUUCUACAGAUUUUUACAGGACGUGGACAGAAUAUAAACAAGGAUUUGGUGAUCCCUCUACAAACUACUGGAUUGGAAAUGACGCAAUCUAUGAGUUGACGAAGAACAAGGACCAGGAACUCCGGGUUGAGCUACAAAGAUUUAAUGGUGACGAAGCCUACGCUCAGUACUCCACAUUUUAUGUCGGAGAUAAAUACCAUAAAUACGUACUCACUGUAUCGGGGUAUUCAGGAACCGCAGGUGACAGUUUGAAUUAUCACAAUGGAUAUAAAUGUACAACAAAAGACCAGGAUAACGACAGGUAUAGUGUUGGUAACUGUGCUGUAUCAUAUCACGGAGCCUGGUGGUACAACGACUGUGCCUUGUCAAACCUGAACGGGCUGUAUGGACAGUCUGGUGUGUCUGGUUGGAAAUACACGACAUGGUAUCACUUGAAAAGUAACUGGGAAACAUCAAAACAGACCGUGAUGAUGAUCAGACACAAGAACUUCUACAGCAUUAAUCUACCAGUUUACACCAUUCAUCUACCAGUUCACAUCGUUCAUCUACCAGUUUACAACCUUCAUCUACCAGUUUACACCGUUCAUCUACCAGUUUACACCGUUCAUCUUCCAGUAUACAGCGUUUAUCUUCCAGUUUACACCGUUCAUCUUCCAGUUUACACCGUUCAUUUUCCAGUAUACAGCGUUCAUCUUCCAGUUUACACCGUUCAUUUUGUGAGAGCCUCCUCACACAUAAGAAGUUACUUUUCUGCAAAGAUGGGUGUACUACAUGUACUAUGUUUUAUUCUCUCUAUGUUUGUGUAUGGAACAUUUGGUGAUUCAUCUUUACUUGAAAACGAAGCUUCUGAUAAAAAUGGUUUGCUCCCUAGUGCCGUAUCCGGUAAAGCUUCCAAGGUCCUACGUGACAUUCUGAAUCAGGAAAGUCUGGUCCGCUUCUCUAUGGUACAAAAAAUACAAAAUUUAGUGAUGGAUGCUACGGACAGCAAAAACGAUAUACAAGUUAUAAAGGCGAAACUUAGUGAAAUGGCAAAGGACUUACGGAACUUGGAGACGAAAAACCAAAUAUUGGAGAACACAAUGAAGGAAAUGAAGGUUCUAAAUGAAUCUCAAUCAGUGUCUGCCAAAAUCCCCCAAAUAGAGGAACUCAAAAACCAAAUGAAUGAAAUAAAUGUAACAUUACAGAAGUGCAGUGUGAACAGUCUUUUGGAACAUUAUAAAUAUACAGAGGACGCUUUAGGAAGAUCUGUGAAUGAAACUCUGCAAGCUGUUUGUAGAGAUCUGAAUGAAUCCAACUGGAUCUUGUCAAAAGUGCUCCCAAAGGAUUGUUCGGACAUUCUGAAGAAAUACCCGAGUUUAGAAGGAAGGGACGGAGUAUACAGAAUAUCCAUGGCCUAUGAAGUAAAGUCUGUUUACUGUGACAUGAGAACUGAUGGAGGAGGGUGGACAGUAAUUCAAAGAAGACAAGACAUUUCUACAGAUUUUUACCGGACAUGGUCAGAAUAUAAAGAAGGAUUUGGGGAGCCCUCUACAAACUACUGGAUCGGAAAUGACGCAAUCCAUGAGUUGACAAGGAACAUGGACCAAGAACUCCGGGUUGAACUCCAAAGUUUUGAUGGUGCUGAAGCAUACGCUCAGUACUCCGCGUUUCAUGUCGGUGAUCAAUACAAUAAAUACGUACUAACUGUAUCGGGAUAUUCAGGAACCGCAGGUGACAGUUUGGCUUAUCACAAUGGAAUGAAAUUCACCACAAAAAAUCAGGAUAAUGACAACAAAAACUCUAGUAACUGUGCAACAGAAUACCACGGGGCCUGGUGGUACAAGGGAUGUCACUACUCAAAUCUCAAUGGGCAGUACGUCAAGUCUGCCGUGUCUAAUGCUAAACACCCGACAUGGUUUCACUGGAAAAGUAAACAUGAAGCGUUAAAACGGAAUGUGAUGAUGAUUAGACACAAAAAUUGAAUCAUUUUAAUUACUUAAUCUUUCUUCUUUAAUAUUAGGGGGUCGUGUUUUAUGCCCUAUUCACCUAAAUAACAGUUUAUAGUUUUGUGUAUGGUAUCACUAGUAACAAAAAUAUAAUUCAUUAUAACAGACUCUGAUGAUGAUCAGACAAAGAAACUAACGCGUCCGAAAAGUCUGUUUUGUCUGGUGUUAAAUACCCGGUAUAAUUGAACUGAAAAAAAGAAAGAAACAAAAGACAACGAUGACGAUCAGACACAGAAAUUAAUAGCUUUAAAAAAAUCCAUAAUCAGUCCUGGCAAGAAUGAUGAUUAUCGGUUAAAUAGUUUACUCAUAUGAAAUAGGUAGUAUUAAAACGUUAUCCAAUAUGCUUAUAUCUGCUCUAUUACAAUUCAUUCAUUUAUUAAGUACAUUUUGUUGGUUUGAUGGCAACCACCUGACAUGAUAUCCCUGCCAAAAUGUUCAAAAGGCUUCGAUGAUCAGAUAUGAAAACUAGAGAUAAUUUAUGAUCAGACCUAAUAUAAUAUAAGUAAUGACUCAUUACAUUUUUUUUUAUAUUUUACUUUUGUCAAAUAAAUAGCAAAUUGA